AUGCUGUGUCUCCGAUGCUCACGAGGCCUGAGUGCCAUACCUGGGCCUUCAAUUGUCUCGAGGUCAGCCAGAAAUCCGGUACUGAAGACGUCAGGAAAGAGAACCUUCACAUCCCUACGUGGACCCUCUCGACCGACGAUAUUUCCAUCGUCCGCUAGUUUCAGAGCAUCUCUCGCUGUUCCAACCACCACAACAAGCUCACCAGUUGGUGUCGAGGCCAUGUUAGACCUCUUACAAAAGAUAUCGUCACAUCCAGCAUUAGGAGCAACACAAGUUCGCUGCGGACCUCGGGAUACGUUCAGUCCGAGUCAUUUUGUCAGGAAGCGGAGGCACGGAUUCUUAAGUAGGAUUAGGACACGGAAGGGGAGGAACACAUUGGCGAGGCGGAGGGCGAAAAAGAGGAGCACUUUGAGUCAUUAG